CAAUAAGUUAGUUAACUCAACAAGAAUUGCUGCCAAGUAUGACAAGCUAAUUAGAUCUAAUCCAAUGUGGAAGAUUUCAAGCUUGAAACAACACAUUCAAGAAGAUAUGUUUGCCAAUGUGACUAUUGCUCAGGUGAAGAGAGCUAAGAAGAUUGUGAUGAAAAAGUGGCUGGAUGCAAGGAAAGGUCAGUAUAGCAGAAUAUUUGACUAUCAGUUGGAGCUGUUAAGGAGUAACCCAGGUAGCACAGUAGUGGUUAAAUUGGAACCAAAUCAAGUGAAGCCUAUCUUCCAUAGGAUAUAUAUCUGCUUAGAGGCAUGCAAAAAAGGGUUCAUGGCUGGCUGUAGGAAGGUUAUUGGAUUUGAUGGCUGCUUUUUCAAGGGAGCAACCAAUGGAGAGCUUUUAUGUGCAGUAGGGAGGGAUGCCAACAACCAGAUGUACCCUUUGGCUUGGGCAGUUGUUGAAAAAGAGAACAAUGAUAGUUGGGACUGGUUUUGUUCUUUACUUUUCAGAGAUGUGACUGUGCUAGAUGGUGAAGGUUGGGUGAUUAUAUCGGAUCAACAGAAGGGUAUCAUCACCGCAGUUUCAAACUGGGCACCGAGGGCUAAACAUAGGAAUUGCGCCAGGCAUAUUUAUGCCAACUGGAGGAUGAAGUUCAAGAACAAGGAAUGGCAGAAGCCAUUCUGGGCUUGUGCAAAGGCUGCAAGUGUAAGCUUUUUCAACUAUUGUAGAGCCAAGCUUGCUCAACUUACGGUCCUUGGAUCUAGAGCAAUGUUGAAAACUGAUCCAAAGCAUUGGUGUAGAGCAUGGUUCAAAUUAGGUAGCAAUUGUGACUCUGUCGACAAUAAUAUGUGCGAAAGUUUUAACAAGUGGAUAGUAGAAGCUAGGUUUCUCCCAAUUCUUUUCAUGCUAGAGACAAUUAGGAGAAUGGUGAUGGUUAGAAUACAAGAGAACAGAGACAAGUGUGAGAAAUGGGAUGAUCCUAUAUGUCCUAAUAUAAACAAGAAAUUAAGCAAGGCCAUCGAUGUAUCUGGUAUAUGUCAUGCAGUUAGCAAUGGAAAUAACUGUUUUGAGGUGCAACAUGGAUCUCAAAGGUUUACAGUUGAUCUCAAUCAAAUGACCUGUAGCUGUAGGUAUUGGCAGUUAUCUGGUAUAGUUUGUGCUCAUGCCGUCUCUGCAAUCCAUCAACACACCAAUCAGUUACAUGGUUAUGUGGCUAGUUGUUACUCAGUGGAAGCAUUCAAGAAAACCUAUGCAUAUUGCCUGCAACCAGUUGAAGGACCCCAAGGUUGGCCAGAAUCAGACAAGCCUAAACCACUAGCUCCUAGAUAUGUUAAGAUGCCAGGAAGGCCUCGGAAAGAGAGAAAAAGAGAGGGUACUGAAAAACCAAAAGCUACCAAAGUUUCGAGGGUUGGAACUUUGAUUAGAUGCAGGAAAUGCAAGUGCACUGGUCACAAUAAAACUACAUGUCCAGGAAAUGCCGCUUCAAGUUCAAAUGGAGCAGCUACUGUUGGACAAAAUGCAGCUUCAGGAAAUGCCGCUAGAUCAUUUACCAAGUCAAGAAGCAAUGCAAAAGCCUCCAAGAUGUCUAGUUCCCAGGCAAAUGUGAAAACAUCCCAACAAAGCACCAACCGUAAAAGAGCAUCUACAACUGAUGAGAACCUUGGUCCUGUGCAAAAGAGGGCAAAUAAAUCCCUAGGACUGCCUAAGCACAAGAUGAAGGCUUCCUCCAAUAUUGCUGUAAAAAAUGUGACAGUGAACGUGCAGUCUAGUUCAUCAUUUACAGUCAAUGUUACAUCUGGUGCUGCAAGUGCUCAAGUUGGAGGAAAUAAAAGAGCAAAGAAAGUCCCAGCAAAACUACUGGACUAGUACUGUACUUGUACUGAU